CAAACCUCGUGAGAGUCUGUGCAGUAGUGCGAUUACGUUCUCAAAGGAUGAUAUUGUAAACUGCAUUACUUUUAAUGUUAUUGAGAAUUUCGGCGAACGAAUAAGUCUAACCUUUGAUCACGAAUGUCCCAACGACAAAGUUAGACAAUUAAUCAUCGUCGAUGAAUCAAUUAAUUCCCACGAGGGACAACAGUAUUAAUUGAUAAAAGAUUGUAUAAUAAUAAUAAUAAUUUACGUCAGAUAAUGUUAAUACCUCCGUUACUAUCUUAUUUCUAUCUUUUUUUUGUUUGGAUUUAGUUCUGUCUGUAUUUAAUAUUUAAUUUUUCCCUGUACCGUACAAACAUGACUCUCAAUGCCUUAAAAGAAAUGGCAGGAGAAGUGGUUGAUAUCCACAUUACGGCUGAUAGCAACUUUCCUUCAUUAAUUAAUCUUAUGCGAUACAAUGUGCAAGCUGGACCAACAGUUAGCGGUCGUGACGACCACGACUAUCCAAAUUUAAAUGAAAUGUCAAUGUGUUUUUCAAAUAUAAAUCAAAUGAAAGCAUAUAGUAAAAUCUCCCUGCCAUCUGAGAUAAUGGAACAUUUUCGUCAUAUACAAUGCCAUUGUAUGAUGGGUCUUUUUACAGAAAUUUCGAAAGCAUGGCUUACGAUUGAUAGUGACAUAUAUGUUUGGUCGUAUGAAAAUGAAUCUGAUGUUGCGUAUUUCGAUGGAUUAAACGAGACUAUUAUAAGCGUAGGUUUAGUGAAACCCAAAGCAGGAGUAUUUCAAUCUUAUGUAAAGUAUCUGUUAAUUCUUACAACUACAGUGGAAAUAACUAUUCUGGGAGUUACACUAACAGAAACCAGUGAUGGCAUUUCACCAGAAAUGCAAUUGGUUCCUGAACCAAUUUUUACUGUCACUACAGAUGGAAUUGGUAUUACAACAAUAGCAAACACUAGUAGUGGAAGAAUUUUUCUUGGUGGUAGAAAUGGAUCUCUUUAUGAAAUAUAUUAUCAGGCAGAAAGUAGCUGGUUUGGGAAACGUUGUAAAAAAAUAAAUCACUCUGAAGGUCCAUUAUCAUUUUUAGUUCCAUCAUUUGUCACUAUAGCUUUGUCAGAGGAGGAAGCUAUAAUACAAAUUUCUGUUGAUGACUCGCGAAAUAUUUUAUACACACUUGGUGAUAAGGGAACCAUCACAGUUUGGGAUAUCGAUAACAAUGGUGCAUCCAAAGUUGCAUCUUUAUCACAAGCUUCCUUAGUGCAAACCGCUGUUCACGUUGUUAAAACACUGGAUAGUAAUAAUUUUCGACCAUUGGUGAGCAUAUCAGCGAUCACAGAGUCAGAAUCAGUACAUUUAAACUUGGUUGUAGUUGCAGCUACUGGAAUACGUUUUUACUUCAGUUGUACUUCAGUUGCCAAUCCGACAACCAGACCUCAAGGUCUGCAAUUAAUACAUGUCAGAUUACCACCGCGUUAUGCUGCUAAUGCGACAGUAAUGAGACCAAGAAAGGUACAAAUGGCACAUUAUAGAAAAGGAACAUUAAUUCUUGUUUGCGGCGGAGAUACAGAAACAGUUUUAUGUUUAAGUAACGAUGCUUAUCCAUUCACAAAUUAUUUAGCUGAAACUCAAAGUCUUUUAUCGCUCGAUAGUACGGUAUGGGCAAUGGCAGAAAUUCUUGUAGAACCAGCUAUACGUAUUGAAAAACAAAAUAUCACUCAAGAGGAGCCUCCUCUUCUUGUAAGGCAGCACAUGGAAGCACCUCGAAAAUUUAUUUUUUUAACUUCUCAGGGUGCUAUAAUUUACGUUCAAGUUCGUCCAAUGGACAUAUUAAAGCAGCUUCUUUUAGAACAACGUGGCCCUGAUACUGAAGCCGUUCGUGCAUAUUUUCAAUCGCAAUCAUUGGAGCAAGCAUGUGCAACUUGCCUUAUUUUAGCCACGCUUGAAAGUUCUCAGAAUGCCGAAUUGGCAGAAUGGGCAACGAGAGCUUUUUUUUUAUAUGGUAGUCAACGAACAACAAGUAUUGGACCUGCAAUUGAUGUACAUGGAGAUAUGCGCACAUCGACACCAAGAGUUCCAAACUAUGAUUUAAGACUUCAAGGAUUUCGACCUCAUGUGCCAGUUGGACAUAAUACAGAUUCUCUGCAACAAUUUUCUGCGAAACACAAUGGUUUAUAUCUGUAUGUAGGAAGAAUACUUCGACCAAUAUGGAACAUGCGUUGUAUUAAACAAGAAGUUAUAAAUAACAAAACUCAGAUCUCUAGUACAAUUUCGGCAAGACAAGUUAGUUGGAUUUUAAGUCUUCUACAGGCAUUAAGAUCAUUUCUCAAUAAAAAUACCCAUAUUGCCAAGCAACAUAGUACUACUAGAACAACUGAUGGAUUUGAAACAACUAUAUCUAGUCAUUACCAAGGACCAAUAGUCGAAGAAAGAAAUUCUUUAGCUGCAUUAAAAAUUUUCAUUACUCAUGCCUGUGAAGUGUUAGAACUUUGGAAAAUUUUAUGUGAAAACCACUUGAAUAAUAUUGUGAAUUGCUUAUCAAAGGAUCAAAUUAAUCAAUUUUCUACGGCGACGUUUCGAGAUUUAAUUUUAAUUGGACAUGAAAUUCCUUCAUUACUAAUCAUUCAUCUUAUAGAUAGCUAUCUUGGAGAUAAUGCAUCUGUUGAUGCUGUAAGUCAAAGAUUGCGAGAAGUUUGCCCAAAUUUAUAUAGAAGUGAAGAUGCUGUUUGUUCUAAGGCGAAUGAAAUAAUUUUAAAAGCUAAAAAUUGUACGAAUCCAGAAGAAAAGGAAUGCUAUUUACAAUCUGCUUUAAAGCUUUGCAAAGAAGUUGCUCCCAGAUUGAACUUAAGUGCAGUAUGCCAACAAUUCAUCGCUUGUCAAUUCUAUUCGGGUGUACUUGAAUUAUGUCUCUCCUGUGCAGAGAAAGUAGAUCCUAAUAACGCUGCCUUACACUAUUAUAAAAAUAAUGAACCAAUCGAAGAUCAAGAAGCUUACACGAAAAGAUUAGAGAUUUAUAAAGAAUUCAUUACGCUGCUAGAUCAUCUCUACAGUCAAAGUAUCUCUAACCCAUUGACACCUACUGUACCCAGUAAACCUGGCCCUCCGCUACAAAAUGGAUCAACUAUGCCUGUUACACCAGCAAAGGAAAUAUUGCAUGACAUUAUAACUGAUGCAUUACACUCUACGUGUGAAAUUCUUCAUGCUUUAGUGUAUGCUUGGAUGAUAGAAAGAAGGCUUCACGGAGAGCUCGUUGCUCUAGCAGCACCUUCUUUAGAAGCUUAUCUUACUCGUGUUAAUGCACCGGACUUACUAUGGCAGUAUUACGAAAAGAAUAAAAAUCACGCUGCUGCAGCUAAAAUUUUAGAUGCUAUGGCGACCAAAGAAUCAAAUGUACCGUUAUCACAGAGAGUUGAAUAUUUAGCUCGAGCAGUGGUUUGUAUGAGAAGCGACCAAGCUGGAUACGCUCCAUACCUUGGUAUAUUUUUACGUGAAUUAGAAGACAAAGUAGAAGUUGCUAGAAUACAACAACAGAUAUUAGAUACGAUUUGUAACCAACAUCUGAGCGAUAGACUUAAUGAAGAAGCAUUCAGAGCAUUAAAUUCCUCGUUACUUGAUAUUACAAAGUUGUACGAAAACUAUGCGGACCCUUUGCAGUUGUGGGAGUGCAAAUUAGCUAUAAUUCAUUGCUCUGGUCAUCAAGAUGCAAUGUUAAUCCAGGAAAUUUGGACUAAUAUAAUAAAUAACGAAUUAAAAGAUGCUUCAACGGCGGAAGAUAAAAUGACUAUUUUAAUGAGCAAAAUUAUAUCGUUAGGACAGGAAUAUUCGGGAUCACCUCACUGUUUCCCAGUUGACUGCUUAGUAAAACAGUUAGAAAUAAAAGCAUGUAAAUUAAAUGUAUCAAAUACUGGAAUUAUAACUGGGUUUUUACAAUUAGGAGUAUCGAUGGAGGAUCUUUUGGAUAUUUACAAAAUGAUUGGCAAAGAUACUCGAACUUGGCUAAACGAAGGAAACGAAUUUCACCUUAUUGAAUCGACUGCGAAUUUGGUUAAUCACUUUAUAUCUCAUUCGAAUAUUACCAACACCUUCAUAAAACGAAAAAUAAUAACGAAGUGCCAGGACGUGAUUUCAAAGUGUUUAACUACCUUGUACAGCAAGCCUCACGGACAAGAGUUGAUAACGAAACUUCGAUCGAUUCAAAACAUUCUGAUUCGUAUGUAAGAGAAAAUUUGUACUGUUUUUAUGAUGAAUUAAUAUUUGAUAAAAUUAUAUACAAAUCAUGGAAAAUUAAAACAUG